UUUUAAAUAUAAUACUCGAUAAAAAUUUAUGUGAGAAGUUCAUGUAUCCAUGGUUAUGAAACAUGACAAAGAGCCAAGCUAAGCCGACCUUUGAAGGCGUGAACUAAGUCUGAAGCAAUUGUGGGUUUUGGUAAAGAGUAGAGGGCUCCUGGUUCGAUACUGACUGUGAUUAUGGAGGAAACUAGAAAAUAUAUUAUUAAAUUUAUUAUUUAAAAUAAAAAUUAGAGCCCUAUAUAAGCACCUCUCUUUUUUUUCUCCUUUCUAUCCUUCCUCUGGCCUCGGUCUCUGCUUCUGGGCCUUUCUCGAGUGUAAUUGCAGAUUCUCUGAAAAACAAACUCUCUUAAUAAAAAAAUCCGGGAAAAAUCAGAUACUUCCAUAUUCAGGAAAGAAAAUAUCUUCCGUUAUAUCGAUAAACCGACCUUUUAUACGAGUGGCCUUGUAGUUCUUCCUGCUUUAUUGGUAUUUUGCUACCACUUAGCUCUGUCUCAUUGCCAUUAAAAUAAACUGAACUCACUGUGAUUCGAGGGAGUUAGCAUACCUUUUAAGAUGGCCCAAGAUAAUUCUAAUGCUGAAUUACACCAGAAAAGGCAUGGCCUCUUGAAAGACCAAGUCAGAUUGGUUAAGAGAAAGGACUGUGAUCGCUAUGAGAUUGCUCCAAUUCAACAGGCUUAUACAUUUGAGAAAGGGUUCUUUUUGUUUAUCCGUGCAUGCCAAUUGUUAGCCCAAAACAAUGAUGGAAUAAUACUGGUAGGCUUAGCAGGUCCUUCAGGGGCUGGGAAGACUGUUUUCACAGAGAAGGUACAAAACUUCAUGCCCAAUGUUGCCGUCAUUUCAAUGGACAACUACAAUGAUUCUAGCCGAGUUGUUGACGGCAAUUUUGAUGAUCCACGCUUGACAGAUUAUGACACACUUCUCAAGAAUGUCCAUGAUUUAAAGGCAGGAAAAUCAGCUGAGGUUCCAAUCUAUGAUUUCAAGUCUAGCUCCCGCAUUGGAUACAGGACGGUUGAAGUGCCACCUUCUCGCAUAGUGAUUAUUGAGGGAAUCUAUGCCUUGAGCGAAAAGCUGCGACCUAUGCUCGACCUUCGAGUAUCGGUGACUGGGGGAGUUCAUUUUGACCUUGUAAAACGGGUUCUACGAGACAUCCAACGUGCUGGCCAAGCACCAGAGGAAAUUAUCCAGCAGAUAUCUGAAACGGUAUAUCCAAUGUACAAAGCUUUUAUUGAGCCAGAUCUCCAAACAGCACAUAUAAAAAUUAUAAACAAAUUCAACCCUUUCUCUGGAUUCCAGAGUCCUACUUAUGUAUUAAAGUCAGCAAAGAAGGUAGUGGUGGAUCAGAUCAAGGCUGUUCUCUCUGAAGAACAUACAGAGACAACAGAGCAGACCUAUGAUAUAUAUCUUCUACCACCUGGUGAAGAUCCUGAAUCCUGCCAGUCAUAUCUGAGAAUGAGGAAUAAAGAUGGAAAAUACAAUCUUAUGUUUGAGGAAUGGGUAACAGAUGCUCCAUUUGUUAUAUCACCAAGGAUCAGUUUUGAAGUGAGUGUGCGGCUUCUUGGUGGGCUAAUGGCCUUGGGAUACACAAUAGCAACCAUCCUUAAAAGAAGCAGCCAUGUAUUCUUUAAUGAUAGUGUGUGUGUGACAAUUGAUUGGCUAGAACAACUAAAUCGUCAAUAUGUUCAGGUUCAAGGAAAAGAUCGCUUGGUUGUGAGAUGUGUUGCAGAGCGGCUAGGUUUGGAAGGCUUUUAUGUUCCACGUACCUACAUAGAACAGAUUCAACUGGAAAAGCUUGUAGAUGAAGUUAUGGCUUUACCAGAUGAUUUGAAGACAAAGCUCAGCCUAGAUGAGGAUUUGGUUUCAAGCCCCAAAGAAGCACUUUUGCGAGCCUCUGCUGAUCGGGUUGCUAUGAGAAACAAGAAUCUCAAAAGUGGUAUGUCACAUUCAUAUUCAAGCCAAAGUGACAGGAACUUGUCCAAGCUUACUGGACUUGCUGCAAAUAACCAAAUGCAUACUGAGAGAAACACAGAGUCAAUGACAGUGCUAACAAAUCAGGGAAUCCUCACUCAACUUUCAGAACAGAUAUCCUCUCUAAAUGAUAGAAUGGAUGAGUUUGCAGCCCGUAUUGAAGAGCUAAACUCCAAAUUAAACAUCAAUAGAAGUUCUUCCAGCCAACAAAACUUGGGUCUCCAAGCUGAAGCAUGUAAUGGCUCUGCUUCCACGUCUUACUUCCUUUCUGGUUUAAGCAAUGGUUCCUUGACUGGAUCCAAAAUGUCUAAUUCCUCAUCUUCCUCUCAGUUGGCUAAGGAGUCACCAUUAAUGGAAGAGAUAUCUGGCGUUGCUCGGGGACAACGGCAAGUCAAGCACCAGUUAGAUACUUUAAGCAAUCUACUUCGCGAGAGCUUAGGACAGAGAUCUCAGCAAGUAAGAACGAAUAGGAGAAGCACAAUCGCUGAUUUUGAAAUCACAAAAAUUGCUCUUAUUUUGUCGAUUGGUGUUUUAGGAUUCAGCAUGUGCAGAAGGAUUUUCUAGUGCAAAAUGGUACCAUUAGAUUCACAUUUUUGUUCUGCCUUCGGAAAUUUUUUUUCUUCUCUUUAGGAGUCCCAGUAAGUGUGCCCUUAUACUCGGCUAAGACAAAAAGAAUUGAUCAUUGAGAAAAUUGUUUGGGAGGUGCCUUCAAGUUCCUGUCAUAUUGUGGGAAGGGUUUUUUUUUUUUUUUUUCCUCGUUGGGAUCCUUCUGAAUGCUUCUAUACAUUGUAGUUUUCGUAUUCAAAAUGGCUAAUUAAUAUCAGAAAUAAUAGAAAUAUAUUUAUCCUCUAA